AUAUGUACGGAACUAUGUUAUGAAGUUUUCUGAAAUCAGGUUAAUAAAUUCCCCUGAAUGGAUGCAGGUUUCAAGUUCGAAGACAUGCAAGCUUUUGAAGUCAAUCUCAAGGUUGAAAGCUUUUGAAAUCAGGUUAAUAAAUUCUGUUAUGGAGCUUCAAAAUAUAUGCAAUCAUCCAUAUUUCAGCCAGCUUCAUGUAGAGGAGGGUCUCCUCCUUUGAGUUCUAGUGGUAGUAGUGGUGGGGGCGGCGGUCCUGUGAUAUUGGAGCUUCCUCUUGAUAAGAUAAGGAGGCCUUUGAUGAGAACCAGAACUAAUGAUCCGGUCAAGGUUCAAGAACUGAUGGAUAGCAUAAGUGAAAUUGGCCUCCAAGUACCUAUUGAUGUGCUUGAGGUCGAUGGAGUUUAUUAUGGUCUGCUAAUAGCCGAAGUUAAUGUAAAUACCAAGUCUAAACUCGGUUCUGGUGGUGUAUCACUGUGAUGGUGCAGCUUCAUUGGUGCUAGUGAGUGGGGA